UCAAACGUUAACGUAGUGAAGUAUCGACAAAUUCUUUCAAGAAGAUUUAGAACAGAAAACCAACAAAUAAUAACAACGAUGAAGUUAUCGAUCUUAACAUUCACGUUAUUCUCUUUUGCUCGUGGAAAUAUUUGGCCUAAUCAAGAAAGAGAAUAUGUUACUGAAAAUCCAUAUAAUAUUUUCCAAGAUUCAUCGGUUGGUCCAUCGAACAUUCCUAUUUUAUCAACGUCAAUUCUUCCACCCUUGAAAAAAGAUUCUAUUUCCUGGGUAGAAUUUGCACGUAAUAACGAAGGAUCUACGAAGAAAUCUUCUUUGAUCGUAGUCAAUCCUACGGAAGCAACUUUCUCUGAACCAAUAGGAGUAAAUAAAAUUGAUCGAUACAGUACAUCAUUGACAUCACCUAUUGAGAUAAUUUCACCAGAGACAAGAAGAACACCCGUGUUAGAAUCGGUAAUCAAUCAAAGAACGAUAACGGUAGCUCCCGAUGGAAAUGCAAAUAUAAUUGGUAUCGAAAGGAACGGUGAAAUUGCAUCAGACGAUAGAUCGAAGAAACUAUUUCUAUGCGGAUCUCUACGGAACGAGUUGAUCGUGAGCAGACCUGGAAGUGGCUCGGUGUUUAUCAAAGGUGCAUCGAGAGUUGCCAUAAUCGAUGAUGACGCUCAAAAUUCUGUUAUCGUCUGUCCACCGAGUACGAGUUUGAUACCACCAUCGUUUACGGAUGAAAGAUUACCAAUGGAUUUAGAAAGGAAACCAUUGACACCACGAUCAGGCGUUCUUCUAUCCGAACAACCUAAAACUCGUAGUUCCAACGAACGACCUUCGACAAUCCUAUUAAAAGAUUAUCUCUUACCACCUUAUACCUAUUGAAAAAGAUAUCAAUGCAAAUAUGUUUUGCAAUAUAUUUUUCAUUGACAAACUAUUCGACCUAUCGAACGAUAUCGUUCGAAAUCGUAUGACUAUAAAAGUAACCCGUUAUAUUAUAAAUUGUCCAUUAAUAAUUUGUACAUUGACCUUUUCCGCAAGUAAAUUGAUUCAACGUUGACGUUAAUCAAGCAAUAAAAUGUUAGUAAUGACGUUUUAUCGGAUAAACCAUAUAUACAUGCACAAAACGUUAAAUAGAAAGCAGCAAUCAAGGACAACUAGAUUAGAAUCUUAUUCAUUAACAUCAUAGUACCGUUAACCGAUUAAUUUCUCGAAUUAAUUAUUAUCGAUAAUAUAAUCUUUCCUAUUGUAUAAACCAAUUGAAUAAUUUCAUUUCAUUAACAAUUUUCGAUUUUUCUAUCGUAUUUUAUUUCAUUUAUUCAUGUAAUUUUCCUUUUGUUUUUCAAAUCUACCAAUGAAAUCAGGUUAAAAGCAGCCAAAACAAGGCUUGACAAUUAAGCUUGGAACUCAAUUAUCAGUGUAUCUUUUUCUCUGGUUUUCUUUCUCUCUCUUUCUCUCUCUCUCUCUCUCUCUCGUUCUUUCUCCUUCGUAGCAAACGGACUGUGUCGAGUUGGCUCACUCUUAGGGUUCGUAUUUGCCGCGCAGUUUCACGAAUAUUUAUUCGUUUCAUGCUUGAGCUUCUCUCAACGAUUUUAAGUGUGGUCGUCGGCCACCAAGCCAAAACACUUUUGAACUUUGUUUCAAUGCGACGUACAA